UAUUCAUUCAUUCAUUACAACAACCGUAGUUUAAAAAAGUCAUGAAUAACGAGUCUCUAAUUAAAUUACUUGAAGCAACUUUAAAUCCUUCUCAAAAGGAUAUCGCAGAGAACCAAUUAAAAGAGCUCAAUGUUAUACCUGGAUUUUCUCAAAUGGUUCUACAAGUUAUUGUUUCCGAAAAUUAUAAUAUGCCAAUACGUCAAGCAGCUGCAAUAUACUUUAAAAAUUAUAUUACAAAAAAUUGGCAUCAUAUUGAGACAGAUUUUCAGCAUCAAGAAUCAAAAAUUGUAAUUAUUAUUGAAUCAGAUAAAAUUAUUAUUAAAGAUAAUAUUAUUGAGGCAAUUAUUCAUUCACCUGAUAUACUAAGAUCACAAUUGGCAUUAUGCGUAAAUACGAUGAUUAAAUAUGAUUAUCCCAAUAAAUGGCCAAAAUUGCUCAAUAAAUUAGAAAUAUUUUUAAAAGAUAAUAAUUAUGAUAUAUGCCUUGGUGGUUUGAAUUGCCUGCAUCAACUAGUCAAAAAUUAUGAAUAUAGGAAAUCCAAAGAUCGAGUUCCAUUAUAUAAUUGUUUAUCAAAAAUAUUACCAAUAUUGGGGGAAAAAUUUUCAUUCUUGUUAAAUGAUAACAGUGAGCAAUCAGUUGCUAUACAAAAACAUAUUUUUAAAACUUUUUAUUGUGCUAUUCAAUUUCAAUUACCACCUUUACUUAUGAAUCAAAUGUUUUUAUCAUCCUGGAUGCAAAUUUGUCUGACCUCUUUAAAUAUCCCUCUACCACAACAUGUAAAUGAUUUGGAAGAAGAUGAAAGAGCCAGUAGCGUAUGGUGGAAAUGUAAAAAAUGGAUACUACAUAUUUUGUGCAGGAUAUGUGAAAGAUAUGGGACUCCUGCCAUUGUUAGCAAAGAAUACAAGGAUUUCGCACACUAUUAUAUGAUUACUUUUACAACUCCAUUACUCGAAACCAUCUUAAAAUUUUUAGACUUUUAUCGGCAAGGGAACUAUGUAUCGCCUCGCGUUAUAAACUUUUGUUUUGCAUACCUGUCGGAAUGUUUGAUUCAAUCUUAUUGUUGGAAGUUAUUGAAGCCUCACGUUGAUAUCAUAAUUCGUGAAAUAAUAUUUAAAUUAAUGAAAUACGAUGAUGAAGACGAAUUUUUAUGGGAAAAUGAUCCUAUCGAAUAUAUUCGAACAAAAUUCGAUAUAUACGAGGAUUUUGUAUCUCCGGUGACAGCAGCUAAGGAUUUUUUAUUCGCUUUGUGUUCCAAACGCCAGGGAAUGCUUCACCAAACCGUCAACUACUGCGUUUCCGAUUUAUCUACGUCCCCUCAUCCUUCCUAUCCAUUGUCACUUGAUACUUCAAGCGAAAAUAAAUUUAGGGCUAUGGAUGGAUACCUUAAUAUGAUAGGCACACUGGCCGAUGCGCUUAUAGCCAAUGCUAGCCAUUCAUCGGAUACAACUAAGAAUGCAAAAAAGAACGAAUCGAAGGAUUAUUCUCACAUCACUUAUAUUUUAGUCAAUUUUGUUUGUCCACUUCUAACCCAUCCUAAGGGUUAUUUAAGAGCUAGGGCUUGCUGGAUGGUACACCAAUUUAAGAAAAUCAAAUACGACCCCUCACAAACCGAUAAUCUAAUAUCUAUAUUAAAUUCGCUUAUCGAAUUGUUACUCAGGGAUCCAUGUUUACCAGUUAAAGUUGAGGCCUCAAUCGCUAUAAAAUCUUUAGUCAGUCGAAACGAAAAAGCUAAAGAAGCACUUAUUCCUCGUCUUAAGGAAAUUUUAUCUGAGUUAUUAAACAUCUUAAAGCUAACCUUGAACGAAGAGAUGACAAUAGUGUUGAAAAAAAUUAUAUGCAUUUAUAGCGACCAAGUUAAACCCCUUAUAUUGGAAAUGUUGAAACAUACGUAUUCGAUACUUGAUACUACCCAUUCUAGAAAAGAGGACGAGGAAGUGAGGAUGUUUGUCAGUGGUCUUUUAGAAAUUAUUGAAACCCUUAUCGAUUUACUUGACGACAAUAAAGAUGCAAUUAAUAUGGUAAGUGAUACCGUUAUGGAAAUCGUAAAUUUAGUAUUAAAUAAAUUCCAUUCUGAAGACUACGAUGAAGAUUUUUAUGACGAAUUAAUAUCGAUAUGUUAUGCAUUAACCUGUCACAUUAUUCCUACAAAUGCUUGGAGUUUGUUACCUAUCCUUUAUGGAAUAUUUUUGAAGGACAAAGAAUCUUUUUUUACAGAAAUGCUCUCUAUUUGGCAUAAUUUUAUAACGAAUGACACCGAGUCAUUUUUAAGUGACCCAUCCAGGCUGCAAAUUACGUUCGCCAUGUGUCAAAAUGUAAUAAGCGACCCAGAACAUGAUGAUGAUAUGGAAUUACAUGCUUUGAAAUUGUUUGAAGUUUUAUUAUUUCAAUGUACAGGUAGACAAGAACAGCUAAUACCACCAAGUUUAGAGAUAGUCUUCAAACGGUUAUGGCUCAUAAUAGGAAACAAAAAUAAACUGAUUACCAACAAUGAACUCGAGACGAAUAAUUUGACUAAUAACAAAAAUGGUUUAGAUGAUGAAAGUGAAAAAGAUGAUAAAAUUUCUGAAGAAUGCAAAAUGAUGAAUUUACAAAUCGUUAUCGCCUGUUUCUUCAUCAAUCCUCAACUUACGCUUAAUAAGUUGACCAUUUUGGAAAAAGAGUUUCGUGAAAAUGACUCUCGCAAUGCGAAUAAUAUUAAUUUUGGUCCUAUAUCUUUUAUCGAUAAAUUCGUGGACGUUUGGAUGCAAAAUAUUGAAUACUUUUUAGGAUUACACGAUAAUAAAGUUUGCGCAUUAGGACUUUGCACCCUUAUAAACUUACCAGCCGAAAGUAGACAACAUAUAACUUCUAUUCAAAAACACUCCCCUAAAUUUAUAUCUUCACUUAUCAAAAUAUUGGAGGAUAUCAAGAAAAUCAACAAUGCACGGAUACAGAAUAGCGAAUCUUCAUGGGAAGACGCAGAUGAAACAAAUAAUGCAGAUAGUUCUGAUGACGAUGAUAUAGACGCUAUCAAAACACUUUUGAACGAUGACCAAGAUGAUUUUGAUGAAAGCAAACAAAAAUAUCUCGAAGCCGUUUCCCCUUCAGCUACAGAUAUCAAUACGGAUGCUGCCGCUAGUGGUGAUUCAGAAAACCACCCUGAAAUUGAUAUGCAAGAAGGAGAGGGAACAACAAAAAUUAAUGAAGAAUAUGAAGAAGAGGGUGAUGAGGAAGAAACUGUUUUUGAGGCCUUUACAUGUAUCAUUGAUAAAAAAGAUAGCCCCAUCGACGAAUUUCUUCUUUUCAAAAAUUCAUUACAAAAUAUCCAAAUUAAUGAUCCAAAUUUCUAUUCGCAAAUUAUUUCAAAUUUAACGAAUUCACAAAUCAAACGAUUAAAUGAUCUAUUUCAAAUAGCUGAUAAGCGGAAGGCAACAUUAGGUCAUAAAUAAAGGCAUAUAUUCUUAUUCCUUUAAUAGUUAUUAAAGAUUAUUUACAUAAAUUUUUUAUGGUAUGAUAUUUGUAUUUUACCAGAAUUGGCAUUAUUUUGAAUAGUACAAAAAAUGAAUUUGAAUUAUGACAAAUUGUGCGAGAUUUUCAUUUUUAAUUAUUCACAUUUUGAGAUGAAUUGUUAUAAUUUUUGCGUGUAUUUUUUUAAAAAUAAUUGAACAUGUUAAUAAUCUACAUAAUUCACUCAUAGAAUUAUCAGGUUAUGUUAAUUUUGAAUAUUAAAAAAAACUUAUUUUUUUCGUGGCGAGCAAGUGGGCUAAGCAUUUUUUUAAAAUAAACACUACUAUGGACAGACAGGUGGGUUAAACAUUUUUAAAACAUAGAACGGAUUCAAACCUCUAGUGUAUAUAAGACAAUAUCGGUGUAAAAUUUGGCAAAAAAACUUAUUUUUAGUUUAACUGAUAGACUU